ACCCGCGCACAGCGUGCGCCCGUGCGCCCCACUAACGUAUUUUUUAGCUGCGGAGUCGCCAGGAAGCAAUGUGAUUUUGUUUGGCGGCGUUUGAACAGUGGUGUUUGCUCGCGCAGUUAUCGUCGGUUUGACAACCACUCGGCCAUGGACGGGAACGACCUGGAGAUGACGCAGGUCAUCCACGGCCAGGACGACUCGGAUGAUGAGGCCGAGCGAGAGAUACACGCCGUAUUGAAACUCGACGACCAAGAUGCGCCAGCGGCAUACCAGACUUUCAACUUGAAGCCAGGUAAAAACAUGGUCGGCCGUUCUCGUACCUGUGAUGUUAUCAUUGAGAAUUACGCCGUCUCCAAGCAGCAUGCCAUCAUCGACGUAGGUGGCCACAGUUGUACUAUCAUGGACCUUGGAAGUCAGAACAAGGUCAAGAUUGGAAAACGAACACUGAAGCCAAACUGUCAGUACAACCUGGAUUACAACGAGGAGUUCUGCAUAGCGGGCCUCAGGGCCCGCAUAUUAUGUGACCAAAACAAUGGUGCCAAGAGUGACACCGGCUCCGACACAUGCUCGGAGUCCCUUCUUACAGCCAUUGAAGUUGCCACGGAUCAAAAGGGUGUUGACGCUGAGGCGGGUGACAAUGCUGAUGAGCCGGUGCCUUCUGCUCCAGUAGCAGGACUUGAUGAAGCGACGGGGACUGCAGUAAAUUCCAAAUUGGAAAUUUCCAACGACAGGACAGCAGCCAAGUCGCAAAAUGCGAAGGCAUGCAGCAGCGAGUACCAGUCCAGUGGAAGCUUCACCAUGCCCGAGAUGCCCAACCUCGACUACACUCAGACCGACAGCUCACAAGGGACCGAGCCUUGUGCGGGUGCUGACCGUGACGCUCAGACGAACCUAGAGGGCGCUGGAGCGGGUGCUCCAGCUGCACCAGUUCCCGAAGGUGGUAACACCCCGACACCACCAUACUCCGAUGCCGCCUGUGGCGGAAAUGCUGGAGACACUUUGGAGCCUGCCAUGGCAGACAAAGAGAAUCGUUUGAAUGCAGAAACACAACCUUACGCAGGCAGCGCUGAGUGUCCCGAAGUGCCUUCUUCAAACUGCGGUGAAAUAAACAAUGCGGAGGUGGAUGAAACAGAUCGGCUCAAUGCUCCAACGCAAGCAUACGAAGAUGAUCCAUCUGCGGAGGCCGAGCGUCUGAACGUGCCCACGCAAGCAUACACAGAGCAGGACGAGGACGACAGGUUGAACGCAGUAACACAGGCGUACACGGCAGACGCCGACCAGGAAGAAGAGGAGAGGUUGAAUGCAGUGACACAGCCGUACGCAGCAGACGUCGUAGACCAAGAAGAACAGGAAAGGCUGAAUGCAGUAACACAGCCAUAUGCAGCAGAGGUCAGCAAGGAAGAAGAGGAAAGGCUGAAUGCAGUGACGCAGCCGUAUGCAGAAGACGUGUACCAGGAUGAGCACGACAGACUCAACGCAGUCACACAGUCGUUCAAUGACAAAGCAGAGGAAGACAACACGGGGGAUGGCUCCGCGAGUGCUCCCACACAAUCGGAGGAACGACACCGCCGCCUCCUGUUGGGUGCAGCUGAACUCAGCUUCGUCCUAUGUGAAGCAUCCCAGCCGUGCCGUGACGACGGCGGUGAUGAUGACGAGGAGGAGGAGGAGUUCUGCGCACCGACCCAGAAGGACGAUUCUCCGCCUCUAAAAGUUCACGCCCUGCUGAAGUUCCGCAGAGAGAGAGGAGCAGUGGCAGAAGAGGACGACGACAAGACACCGCCGCUGUCGCCAAAAACUACAAUAGAUGAGACUCCACCACCUUCCCCUGGCUUUGUUCCGGAGAGUGAUCCCGAAUCUGACGAUGGUGAAACAAGCAUGGUCACAGCCCGGCACUCGCCUUCAAUUUUCGACAUGACCAGUGCGUCUGUUUACGAAGACUGUGUGACACCUGGUGCCGCCAAUGGCUCGCCCAUCAUCGGAACCAUCAAGCGACCAAAGAGGGGCAUGAGUCUCAAGAAACCUACUUGUGACACUGUUCUAGAACUUCCCAGUCAAGAAAGCACUGCAGGCGCAGAAUGGAUGCAGCAACAGCAGCAAGCUUCCUCGCAAUCUAAGGCGUCCAAAAAACUAACUUACAUAGAAGAAGCAGAUGACAGCAGAGAUUUGAGUGCAAAGACCACAGAUACCUCUCUGUCUGAGCUCUCAGCAGGUGGGGUUGAACACACCACCAAGCAUUCAAGCAUCAUAACUACUUGCAGCCCACCAAAGGUACCUAUGGAGCUGCAAGAAAGCGCAGGUACUGAUAAGAAAAGCGCGACUACUGAUGACUGUGACAUGCCUCUACUUCAUAUGAGCGAGAGUACCGACCUUGACACAACUGCUACCGAUAAAGAAGAUUGUACAGCUCAAGAUCCUGCCGUCAAGGAGGGAAAAAAGGCUCUCGAAGCCUGCACAAGCAGUGAAAUGCCAGCAGACACUGGCACUGGGACUUCUGAACAAGCUUGCAGCCGCAAGGAGGAGACACUUGAAAAAGACAGACCAGCCAGCAUUUCGUCCGAAAGCGAGGAAGAAAGCAGUAGAGUUUCCAGAAGAAAGGGUAGGAAGGAACCGUCAUCAAGAACGACUCGGACAAAGAGGAAAGUGGCAUCUCCACAAGAUGAAAAAGAAGCCCCCAUAGAGAACACAGCUGCGCCGGCACGAAGGAGCAGUGGGCGUCAAAAUGCUGGCUCAAGGAUGAAGUCCCUUUUGUCCUUGGAGAAAAGGACUUCUGCAUCGGGAGAUUUCGAGGAGGGUGCACUUUCACAGGAAGUUCACGAUAAACGAGACGCUUCCAAGGAUGACACAGCCAUGGAAGAACCACAAGGGAAAGCAGGCAGAUCCAGAACAAGGCGUGGGCUGAAGGGCAAAGCUGCCGCAGAAGUUCCUCCUCUACCUCCGGAGGACGGUCUGGCCAGUGCCAGCCAACCAAAAGUUGUGUCCAGCUCAAAUGAAGAUAAGGGCGAGAAUGAAGAGCCUUCAAUGAAGCCUAGUGAGAAUGGCUCUGAGGGUGAGGCAGACGGCCGUGAGGGCACUCAUGCUGACAAAGACGAGUGCCCACCAAAGAGAGGGUCUUUGGUCGACUGGGAAGAUGACAAUGCAGAGGACGUCGUGAGUACGGCCUCGCUAACACCAUCUUUGGGCGACGGCGACAACAAUUGCACAGACACAACCAUUGACACCUGUUUCUCUGAACCAUUCCCCACCUUUUCAGAAGUGAUGGCAGAAUGCCAGCCGUUCAUUGAAAAGACAGAGGGCCAAGAUGAGAGAAGUGAGGCUGCAGAAGCACAGGAAGAGACAAUGGUUGACCUGGCAGAUGAAAGCAAAGCCGAAGCACCUGCCACAUCAGAGCCAGAACCCGUAGCCGCCAAAGAGCAACCUCGAGCUUUGCGGUCAAAAAACCCGAAGGAAGGAGUGGCAACGAGAAAGCGAAAAGGAUCAGAAGCGGUGGAGGAGUUGCCUUCAGCACGUGGCAAGGCCACUCGAAGAGGUGCACGAAAAGGGCCACUUGCAGGAGCUGAACUGCUUGCGGAAGACUCUCCAAGCGACAUUGAGCAGCCAGAGGUACUACAGUCAGCCUCACCACAGCAGACGAAGGUAGCCAGGCGCGGACGUCCUCCCCGCAAUGCUGUUAGCAGGAAGACAGCGCCUAGGCUUGCGGUUACCAAUAUUGUGGAAAACACAGAACAGUCAGAAGGGGAGCAUGAUGCAGGCAACCUUUCAGCGCAGGAGACUGAAAGCAUCGGAACACCAUCGGAAACAUCAGAGAGUUUAACACCUUCUCGGGGAAAGGCUGCUCCACGUCCCCGCUUGUCAAAAGCUCCCCUGUCAAAAGACCCGAAGGAAGGAGUGGCCAUGAGAAAGCGAAAAGGACCAGAAGUGGCAGAGGAGUUGCCUUCAAUACGCCGCAAGGCCACUCGAAGAGGUGCACAAGAAACGCCGCCUACAGGGGUUGCGCUAUUGGCGGAAGACUCUCCAGACGACAUUGAGCAGCCAGAGGCACCACAGUCAACCUCACCACAGCAGUCGAACCGAGCCAGGCGUGGACGUCCGCUCCACAGCGCUGUUGGCAGGAAGACGGCGCCUAGGGUUGUGGAUACCAAGAUCGUGGAGGACACAGAACAGUCAGAAGGGGAGGCUGAUGCUGACCGCCUUUCUGCACAGGAAACUGAAAGCAUUGAGGGAACACCACUGGAAACGUCGGAGAGUUUAACACCUUCUCGAGGAAAAGCCGUUCCACGUCCCCACUUCUCAAAAGCUCCUCAGUGUGGUGCUAGAGGCAGAAGGCAGUUGCUGCUGCUGGAUGCGGAACAGGCAGAGGAGGCUGCUUCGAAAGACGAAUCUGACCCAGACCGCCUUUCAGCACAAGACACGGAAAGCAUUAAUGGAACACCAUCAAAAACACCAGAAGAAUUAACAGCCUCUGAAGGAAAAGCUGUUCCUUCUUCGUCAAAGGCAUCCCGUCGUGGCACAAAAAAUGCAAAACAAUCGUUGCAGCAAGAUGUGAAAGAGGCGGAUGAGGCUGCUUCAGAUGGCCUUUUAGCUGGAAACACUGGAGAGCAGCUACACAGCGUAAGAACGUCUCAGCGUGAAAAAGCUAGCACGAAGACCCGUUCAGGUCAAGACAAGGAGGCAGACACUGGGGCAGCGGCGGAUGUCUCUUUGACUAGUGUAGAGUCAUCCCAGAGCUCACAAACAUCUCGGCGGGGAAGAAGAGGGGUGAAACAUUCUCAAGAAAAAAUUGAGCCGCCUGUUCAAAGCAGGUUGAAUGACUCAACGCAGUCACUUUCCGCGGAGCCUCAAUCGCAGACCUCUCGAGGUUCUCAGUUGGGAAGGCGAAACACGAGGCAAUCUGAAACACAGGAAAACUUGCCCUCCGAGGAGACUGGUGACAGUCAAACUGAGGGGGAAGUGCAUGGUAAAAAACUGUCGAGGAGUGGAAGGAAGGGUACAAAGUUGUCUCAGGAGGCAGCGAGCAAAAGUGUUGCCAACGCAGGAGAAAGCAAUCCUGAACCUGGAUCUGCAGAUCACGAACUGCAAACUAGGAGGACUCGGCGUGGUAGAAAUGCUGCCGAACCAUCCCAAAACGAGCAAGUCAUGCCAACUCCAGAAGCUACAGGAGACCCCUCGGAGAACAGUGGCACAGAGGCAGAACCUCCGAGCUCGCAAACCCGGCGCGGGAGAAAAGGGCUGAAGCAAACUCGAAAUCAGCGUAACAACAAGAACGCCCCUGAAGACAGCAAUGUGAAAGAGACUUCCGAGGUGCCCAAACAACCAAACUCGAGAAGUUCAAAGCCAUCAAGGACGACAAACCUUUCUCUGCCCAGGCGUACUGCAGCAGCUAGUUCCAUGGAAGUUUCCAUCAAAAUGGAGCCAGUGAGUCCAGGAACAUCCCGGCGCAGCAGCACAAAGACUGCACAAGUCCAGCUAGUGGAAGCCGAGCACCCAGGCAACAGUGACUCUGCUGAAGUCCCUUCAAAGCCCAAGCGCAAGGUCACCGAGCUCAAGUGCGAAGAUAUCUCGGAGGCUGAGCCUUUGAGCUCAGGGUCUACGACUCGACGUCAACUGUCCAAAAAACCAGCUCCCGCACCGGUGACGAGAAAGAGGGAUGUGCGGCGGACUGGCAAAAAGGAAGACCCAACACUAACUUCCGUGGCACCUGUGCUCAAGGCUACGGAAGAGAUUUCUGCACAGUGCUCCCUGCGAAGAGUUGACAGGAAGAGGCAUGUCGCCUCAAUGAGCUUUGGUGUAGCAAGGCACGAGUCGGAUGAUGACGCUUCUGGCAACGAGGAAGAGACUUUGGACGAGGUAACAGUGAAUGUUGGGCCAAAGUCUCGGCGAAAGGCACCGGUGAAGGAAGUCGCUGUCAAGCAGGAAAUAAUAGAGGAAGCACCAGUGAGACGGGGCAAGAGAAAAGCAGAUGUGCCUGUAGUCAAACCUGAAGUGCCACGAAAGGCGAAGUCUCGGCGGGACGAACAGGCGGACUCUUCUCUGGCCCCCAAAAAAGUCACGAAGGUGAAGCCAAAGGUGCUCUUCACCGGAAUUGACAGCACAAGCGCUGAGGAGCAGGUGGUAAGAGACCUAGGUGGGGCCAUCGCGACCAACGCUUCUAUGUGCACACACCUGGUCACCGACAAGUUUCGAAGAACGGUCAAGGCCCUGUGCUGCAUCGGAAAGGGCACACCAAUCGUCGACGUGGCCUGGAUAAAGAAGUGCCAGGAGGCCGGAGCCUUUGUGGACCACAUGCCCCAUAUGUUGCUUGACAAGAAGGCUGAGAAGGCCCUGCACUUCAGCCUCAGAGACACGUUGGCAAAGGCGUCGGCCGGUGGCGUACUUCGGGGAUGGAGCGUCCAUGCCACACCACAUGUCCUGCCAUCUCCCAGUGACAUGAAAGAAAUUGUGACAUGUGCAGGUGGCAAGUACCUGGACAACUUGCCGGCUCGGACUUCAACCAGUACAACUGUUGUGGUCUCCUGCAAGGAGGACUUGAAAGCUUGCUCACGCGCUCGAAACAACGGUGUUCCAGUUGUCGCCGCAGAGUUUGUGCUCUCGGGACUGCUUCAGCACAAGCUCGACAUGGAAGCCCAUCGCCUGGAGUGAAAGCCUAAAGCGGGGGGUGGGAGCUUGCCGUCUUGCAUGUCGCCAUUCAACAUUACAUGUUGCUGUCACCAUUCAACGUGGCUUUUUCUUUUUUAUUAUUAUUAUCAUCAUUAUUGUUAUUGUAGACAGGUAGCUUUACUGUACAUUCAAACGGACAGUUACCGUUGGCAUUUUUUGUAUAUACUGUAUAAAAUUACCUUAUGCUGUAACAUAAUGCCCCAUCUUGUGUUAAUGACAAGUCUAUCAUACCAUCACAUUAUAUUAGCCACAUAGCAUUGAAUUAACUUUUGUUUGUUGUGCCUUUCUUUUUUAAAACUGAUGUUUUUAUCUCAUGACACCGCAGGUACUGUCAUGCGUAGUCAAAGCGACCCAAUAAAUGUGUUUUAAAAAAAAUUA